AUGGAAUUCAAUAUUGAUGAUGGGCCUCUAGGCCGGAAAACCCGAGCCAGAGAAGGCCUACAUCUUAGACCUUUGAACGUUGAGAAAGGGGCAAAAAGAGCUGCUCUUUCUCAACGUCGUAAUCUUCUGUUUGUGGCCUAUACCCAUCAGAUCUAUGUCUGGGAGCCAGCUGGGUCGUUUCAGACUCUGGGAUCCAAGCCUGAAAUGAUAAUAACCCCUGUCAUGAAGGACCCCUAUAGCAGCGGGUAUAUAUCACCACAUAUGCCUCAUGCCAUCAAUAAUAUCAUUGUGGAUGACCUGGGGCGCGAUGAGGUCCUUCUGCUGGUCACUGAUUCGGGCAAUGUCUGCGGCUAUCGUGUCGAGGCUAUCUUCUCGGCUUUGAAGCGGGCUGCAGAACGCAAGGAGCACCGCCCUUUCGAUGGCUCCCAGGUGGAUCCUUUCUUUGCUGAAUAUGUCGAAGCCAGCGCCUGGGGGCUAGCCAUACACAAGUUCUCCCGCUUGAUUGCAGUGACCGCAAACACAGGCCUUGUCACUGUUUUUGCAUUUGCACUUGUGAACUCUGCUUCUGGCAAAGGCAACGACAUAGGUCAGGGCUUAGGGGGGGAGGAAGAUCUGACUGAUUAUGGCCAGACUUGGCUGGAAAUAAAGAGCGAUGAGGAGUUCAAACAGCUACGACAUUUAAUGCCUGCGGAGCAACGGAAACGGAACAUGCGCUUGACUUAUACAGGACACUUUACUAACAUACCAUCUGUCUCAUUUCUGAAUUGUGAUCUUGACCCGAAUGGAACAUGGAUGGUCAGUACAGAUAUCGAAAAUCAGGUUUUUGUCUGGAAGACCUGGGAGGGCCCUGGCCCAUUUAACGUGUACCACUUUGGCGAUGCCUCUUUCAAACACUUUCCAGAAACAUUCAAUCAUGAGUAA